CUUCUCUUCUCUGUUUACACAGGGGUUGCUCUUUUAUCGAGAGACUCCGGCCUCCAUCGUCCCGAGAACGCUCGGCGGCUCCAGCGCUGAAACGAUCUCCUCCGCCUUAGUCGGCGAAAAGGCCCGGAUCGCGAGCCCGGGCAUCGAUUGGUGCUGCAUCUGGGACUGAUGAGACUCAUGUCCAGGAAGCGCCACCGGCAGCGCCGUCGCCGGAGAACUCGACACGAUGGAUUGAUUGCUUCAUUCUGUAAAAAGAAGUGCUCACUGCGCCAGCAAGAUGAUUAUUCGCAAAGUGCUGCUGGACUAAGACCGGGUCUCGACCUUCCAGAGGACAUAUAUCGACAUAUACAUGCCCUAAUGCCAUUACGAGACGCUGCUCGUGCGGCUUGUGUGUCGCACACAUUUCUGCAAUCAUGGAGACGCUAUCGCAACCUUACCUUAAGUAAGGAAACACUAGGUUUGAAUGUAAAUGGUAUUGAUAAAGAUGAAAUGGCAAGAGAUCUCAUCAGCAAAGUUGACGGUGAUCUCAUCAGCAAAGUUGACGGUAUUCUUAAGAAUCACUCGGGUGUUGGCAUGAAGAAACUAGAGCUUAAUCUCUACUGUUGCCGCAAGGUUGAUCACUGUUAUCUCAAUAGUUGGCUUCGCAUUGCUUUCAGAGCAGGGAUUGAAGAGCUCACCAUGUUGCUGUCUCUUACCAGUGAGGCAGAAUACAACUUCCCAUGCUCUCUUUUAUUCAGUGGGAGUGAAAAAUCAAUUCGGCAUCUUAAGCUCUCCAGCUGUGUCUUUCGUCCCACAGCUGAGCUUGAUUGCUGGAGAAGGUUGAAAGAGUUGCUGCUGACUAAUGUGCUGAUUACGAGCGAUGAGCUAGAGUGCCUUCUUUCCACUUCUUCCAUGUUGGAGUUACUGUGGCUCUUUAGAUGCAAAGAGAUAGUUCGUGUGAAGAUACCUUGUCAGCUCCAGCGGCUCAGCUUCCUGCGAGUGGGUGAAUGCAGAAAGCUCCAGGAGAUAGAGAGCAACGCUCCAAAUAUCUCGACUUUUGACAUCAGUGGCAGUAACUUGGUAAGGAUUUCAUUUGGAGGCGCAUUGCAAGUAAAGAACAUGAGGAUAUGUUCAUAUCAGCCCAACUUUAUCUGGUAUACUCGGACCAAGCUUAUGCCAUCUGUACCGAAUGUUGAAACGCCUUCGCGUAUCCUCGUAUAAUGAGAUGAUCAGUACACCAACACUACCUAGCAAAUUCAUUCACCUCAAAUACUUGCACAUUACUCUAAUUGGACACGAGGCUAUUUCACCGGCCUAUGAUUACCUUUCUCUGGUUUCUUUUCUUGUAGCUUCUCCUUGCUUGGAGACUUUUAUCUUUGUAGUAAGUUACUGAUCAUCUUGCAAGCAUACCUAGUACCUAUGGCAGAACAACUGAACGAUCAUCUUAAACUUCUAUUGUAGGUACAUCAGACUGACAUGAAGCAUGAUUCGAUUGUUGGGGAUAUCUCACAUUUGAGGCAGCUGCCAGAACACUGCCAUGACAACCUAAAGAGCGUAACGAUCGUCGGCUUCUGCUCUGCUAAGAGCAUGUUCGAAUUAACACUUCAUAUCAUUAAGAACACAUCAUAGCUUCAGUGUCUCACAUUGGACACUAGUUUCGGUUCUUAUGGCUGUUCAGCCGAUAAACCUGGCGGUUGCAACCCUAUGGGGAGGGAUAUAAUCAAGGAAGCCCAUAGAGCAUUUUUGGCUAUCAGAACACACGUUGAGGGCAUAAUCCCCUCUAGAGUUAAGUUAAAUGUUUCAGGGCCUUGCAGUCGGUGCCAUGCUGUUGAACAUUAGAUGUCAACCAUGGCAUAAUUUUCUCAGUGCCUAAUCAUGUAAAAUUAUAAUGUAUGUGAUGAGUUGUUCUUUCAAUUGUCAGAAGUGCCUAGUGUUGUGUUAAAUUU